UUCCUUUAAAUUCUGUAUUCAUUUUAUCGAUUUUAUACAAAAUGUAAUUUGCUUACAUCAUGUGCACGUAUGCAAGAUUUGCUAUUUGUCAAAACAUAACACUUACAGACUGCAACAGUGAUGCCAAUGUCUUGUUUAGCGAGUAUAGAAAAACAUGCGUUUUUUGCGAGUGUUGCUAUUUUUUGCCACAAAUCGGAGAGGCCUAAUAUACCUAUUGUUACAUUUAAAUGUUAUAGUUAUCAUGUCUACUUUUACAUUACAUGGUUCCGAAUAUUGGGCUUUAAAAAUGGUGGUUUGGUCUUUUCGUUUAAAAAGCUACUGGCAGUACUGAUUGUUAAAUAAGCAAAACUAUUGUGAAUAAUAAUUUUUUAUAUUGAGAGUUGAAUUUUGUUUUGUUUAUGUUGCGCUUUAGUUUAAAAUGCAAAUUCAAAAAUAUACUGAACAAUCUUUAAUUUCAAAAAACUUCGAUUCAAGUCAAGACAACGAAGACGGUUUUGAUGAGUUGUGGUGCAGAACAUGCUGCGAGAAAAUUAGUUUGAGAUUCCUGCAUUUGUUGACAAAUGAAGCUAAUGUGCCUUCUUUGUCGAAUAUGUUGUCAGAAAUAGCCAAAAUUGAUGUGAAAACUAAAAACGGUGAUGGGUUCCCCGAGCAUAUUUGUGACAAUUGCGUAUACAGACUGAAAAUAGCUUACAACUUUGUUUUGCAAGCCCAGCAAUCUAAUGAAUACUUUGAGCAGAUGACUUGUAUGCUACUGAAGCAAAACUUGAACAAUUCACAACAAACACCUAUAACUAUGACAGAAAAUCUUACUUGCAAAUCUGAGUUUUAUGAUGAAUUUGCGAAUAUAGAGAAAAGCAAUGUUGACACGAACUCGGAGAGCUAUGAAAAUAUCUUUGAAGAUGUUACAGUAAAAGAUGAAACUUUACUUGAUGAGGAAAAUAAUGAUGAAGCAUUAGUGAAAUCUAUGGAUAUUCCGUCUCCAAAUAUAGAAAUGAAUAAUGACGACUGUAGAAGGAAAAAUGAUCGAAAGAUUGUUUACAUGCAAACAAGGAAACUAAAUAACAAACGGUAUGUAUGGAACCCAGCAGCGGAACAAGCGUUGUUUGAGCUGUGGGAAUCGAAUUUAAAACACCUUACUCAAACGCGUAGGAAAGGACACAUAUAUAAUGAAAUAUCUGAACAACUAAGUAGCAUUGGAUUUUAUCAUAGUGCCCGCGAAGUACAAGUGAAAAUAAAUAAUAUGACUCAAAAAUACAGAAAAGAAAAUCGCAAAAUAAAAUCUUCAGCUGAAUCACAGUCAAUGUGGAUACAUUAUGAAAGAGUGAAGAGAAUUAUUGGAGAUUUCAAAUGCAAGAAUAUUGAACAACUCCAAACAGAAAACGUUGACGUAUGUUUGGAUGAUUCAAUAUCUAUUGAUGUAAACAUAAGGACACAAUCUUCAUUGUCAAGAAUAACAGAUAGAUCCGGCCUAAUGCCACCAUCGCCAUCAUAUUUAGAAAGUACAUCACCAAUAUCGUUGGAAAGUUCGAUGGUAGAAUCAACGCCUACGUCGCCAAAACCGAAAAGAAGAAAAUCAAAUUCUUUUCAACAAAGGAUAUUAACCAAUUCGAAGAAAUCAAAAGAAACACCAAUAUCUUUGACAGAAAAUCUUACUUGGGAACCUGAUGAUAAUAGCGAUUCAGAUGCGCAAUAUGAAAUGAAAAAUAUAAAAGCACAAAGUAUAAAUAUUGGUACAAUUUUACAAAGUUCUAAAAAUUCUUUUAAAAAUAAUGUUGAACAAAAAGAUGAAAUGACUUCUGGUGUAGAAAAUGAAAAAAUUAAAAUUAAAGAUCUCUGCUUAAAUGAAUCCAUAACAUCGGAAAAAUUGGUGGAUACGCCAUUACCAAUUAUAAAAAUAAAUCACAAUAGAAAAUAUAAAAGCAAAACUUAUCAGAAUAUUGCUAUGUUGCUUAAACGAAAGCAAAAAGAAAAGCUAUAUAGUAUAAAUCAAAAACGAGAUGUAUGGAGCCCCACAGCAGAACGAGCUUUACUAGAAAUAUGGGAACUUAAUUCGUAUCGCCUAAAUCGUACACGUAAAAAUGGGCACGUCCAUAAAGAAAUAUCUGCAGAGCUUAGUAAACUCGGAUUUGUGCACAAUCCCCGUGAAGUACAAGUCAAAAUAAAUAAUAUGACUCAAAAAUAUAGAAAAGAAAAUCGCAAAAUAAAAUCUUCAGCUGAAUCACAGUCAAUGUGGAUGCAUUAUGAAAGAGUGAAGAGAAUUAUUGGAGAUUUCAAAUGUAAGAAUAUUGGAGAACUCCAAACAGAAAACGUUGACGUAUGUUUGGAUGAUUCAAUAUCUAUUGAUGUAAACGCAAGGACACAAUCUUCAUUGUCAAGAAUAACAGAUAGAUCCGGCCUAAUGCCACCAUCGCCAUCAUAUUUAGAAAGUACAACACCAAUAUCGUUGGAAAGUUCGAUGGUAGAAUCAACGCCUACGUCGCCAAAACCGAAAAGAAGAAAAUCAAAUUCUUUUCAACAAAGGAUAUUAACCAAUUCGAAGAAAUCAAAAGAAACACCUAUAUCUUUGACAGAAAAUCUUACUUGGGAACCUGAUGAUAAUAGCGAUUCAGAUGAGCAAUAUGAAAUGAAAAAUAUAAAAGCAGAAAGUAUAAAUAUUGGUACAACUUUACAAAGUACUAAAAAUCCUUUUAAAAAUAAUGUUGAACAAAAAGAUAAAAUGAGUUCUGGUGUAGAAAAUGAAAAAAUUAAAAUUAAAGAUCUCUGCUUAAAUGAAUCCAUACCAUCGGAAAAAUUGGUGAAUACGCCAUUAUCAAAUAUAAAAAUAAAUCACAAUAGAAAAUAUAAAAGCAAAACUUAUCAGAGUAUUGCUUUAUUGCUUACACGAAAGCAAAAAGAAAAGCUAUAUAGUAUAAAUCAAAAACGAGAUGUAUGGAGCCCCACAGAAGAACGAGCUUUACUAGAGAUAUGGGAACUUAAUUCGUGUCGCCUAAGUCGUACACGUAAAAAUGGGCACGUCCAUAAAGAAAUAUCUGCAGAGCUUAGUAAACUCGGAUUUGUGCACAAUCCCCGCGAAGUACAAGUGAAAAUGAAUAACAUGAUUCAAAAAUAUAGAAAACAAAAUCGCGAAUUACAGUUUUCAGGCGCAUCUGAGACUGUGUGGACAUAUUACGAAAGCUUAAAGAGAAUUAUUGGAGAUUUAGAAUGUGAGAAUAAGAAACAAUUCCAAGUAAAGAGCUUUAAUGUUGCUCGCUUACAAGAUCCAAUUAUAGUAAAAUCUAUGGAAUCACCAAUUCCAGAUACAGUAAUAAAUAACAUCACAAGUUGCAAAAGCAAGACUCAUCAAAAGAUUGUUUCACUGCGCAACCGAAAACGAAAGAAGAUUUAUCAAAAAAAUAACAAACGGUAUGCAUGGAGUCGAGAAGCGGAACAAGCAUUAUUUAAGCUAUGGAAGUCGAAUUUAAAACAUAUUCUUGGUACACAUAGAAAAGAGCAUAUAUAUAUAAAAAUAUCUGUACAGCUUGCAAAAAUUGGAUUUCACUACAGUGCCCGUGAAAUUCAAGUGAAAAUAAAUAACAUCACUCAAAUAUAUAGAAAAGAAAAUCGGAAAAUAGAGUUCUCAGGUGAUUCACGGUCUAUGUGGGUACAUUACGAAACCGUAAAGAGUAUUAUUGGAGAUUUUAAAAGCUAGAAUUUUAAAACUUUGUAAACACAAAUUAGCUAUGGAGAACAAAUAAUCGAAAAUCCCUUCGAUUUUUACAUCAUAGGUUAUUUUUGGUUUAUGUCUUAAUAAUAUUAAUUUAUAUUUUCUUAACGUGCACUAUUUAUA